UUAGGCCGCGUUUUUUAUAUAAAUAGGAAAAAAACAAGUUAUGCUCGGCGCAAAAACACGACAUUUCGUGCGUAAAACCAAUCUGCCGGGCAACUGGAGCUGGUGCCGCUGGAGCAGCAGCAACCAAACGCCAGAGGCAACAGCUACACAGCCGGAUGCGAGCGCAGCCAAGCGACAGCAGCUGCUCAAUGAACUCGCGGAGCCUCUCCAGAGCGCCACCCGUCCGGCCGUUGAUCCCAAGGAGACGAGCGUGAUGCUGUUUCCCGGCCAGGGCACACAGUACGUGGGCAUGGCCAAGGAUUUGCUGCGCUUUCCCGGCGCUCGUCGCAUCUUUGAGCUGGCCAACGAGGUGCUCAAAUACGAUUUGCUCAAGAUUUGUCUCGAGGCUCCCCGCGAGAAGCUCAAUCGCACCGAAUACGCACAGCUAGCCGUGCUCGUCUCGUCGCUGGCCGCCCUGGAGCAGCUGCGCGAGGAGCGACCCAAAGCCAUCGAGAGCUGUGUGGCAGCCGCCGGCUUCAGUCUGGGCGAGAUCACAGCGCUUGUCUAUGCGGGCGCACUGCCCUUCGACAAGGCGUUGCAGCUGGUGCAGGUACGCGCCAAUGCCAUGCAGGCUGCCUGCGAUCUGGCGCCAGGCGCCAUGGCCAUGACACUCUACGGCCCGGACACCAAUCUGGGCGAGGCCUGCGCCAAGGCGCAGCAAUGGUGCCUGGACAACGGCGUGGAGUCACCCUAUUGCGGCAUAGCCAACUACAUGUAUCCGCACUGCAAGGUCGUGGCGGGCAACGUGCAGGCCCUCGAGUUUCUGGAGCAGAACGCCAAGGCGCUGAAAAUACGCCGCAUGAAACGUUUGGCUGUCAGCGGAGCCUUCCACACGCCGCUCAUGGAGAGCGCCGUGGAGCCGUUUAGCAAGGCUCUAAAGUCGAUACGCCUACAGGAUCCGAUCAUACGCGUCUACUCCAACGUGGACGGCAAGCCGUACAGAAAUGCCACGCACAUUCUACGCCAGCUGCCCAAGCAAAUUGUGCGACCCGUGAAAUGGGAGCAGACGCUGCACCAGCUCUACGAGCGGCAACAGGGCGUCGACUUUCCGCGCACCUUUGAGUGUGGUCCCGGCAAGGGCCUGCUGCAGGUGCUCGAGAAGGUCAACGCCAAGGCUGCCCAGACGGCAUUCAAUGUGGUCGCGUGAUUUAAUAAUAAAAAAAGU